CGCCGCGGGGGGGUGGCGCUGCCGGGGGGGGGGGGGCCGCGCCGCCCGCACCGCCCGCGCCGUCGCCGCAUGGAGCUGCCCCCCCGGGCCCGCGCGCCCCCGCAGGUCGGCCGCAUCCUGCCCGGUGGCCGGUGACACCGCCGCGGGGGGCUGGCGCCCCGCCGCCGCCAUGGCCCGCCCCGCCCCCGCCCUGCGGAGCCUCCUCGUCACCGCCGUCCUCGUCACCUCCGCCACCCAAGGGCUGAGCCGCGCGGGGCUGCCCUUCGGCCUCGUGCGCCGCGAGCUGGCCUGCGAGGGCUACCCCAUCGAGCUGCGGUGCCCGGGCAGCGACGUGGUCAUGGUGGAGAACGCCAACUACGGGCGCACGGACGACAAGAUCUGCGACGCCGACCCCUUCCAGAUGGAGAACGUGCAGUGCUACCUGCCCGAGGCCUUCAAGAUCAUGGCGCAGAGGUGCAACAACCGCACGCAGUGCGUGGUGGUGGCCGGCUCCGACGCCUUCCCCGACCCCUGUCCCGGCACCUACAAGUACCUGGAGGUGCAGUACGACUGCGUGCCCUACAAAGUGGAACAAAAAGUCUUCGUGUGCCCGGGCACGCUGCAGCGCAUCGGCGAGGCCACCUCCACCCACGAGUCGGAGCACCAGGCGGGCGCCUGGUGCAAGGACCCGCUGCAGGCGGGCGACCGCAUCUACGUCAUGCCCUGGGUGCCCUACCGCACCGACACGCUCACCGAGUACGCCUCGUGGGCCGACUACGUGGGCGCCCGCCACACCACCACCUACCGCCUGCCCAACCGCGUCGACGGCACGGGCUUCGUGGUCUACGACGGCGCCGUCUUCUACAACAAGGAGCGCACGCGCAACGUGGUCAAGUACGACCUGCGCACCCGCAUCAAGAGCGGCGAGACGGUGGUGGGCGCCGCCAACUACCACGACACCUCGCCCUACCGCUGGGGCGGCAAGAGCGACAUCGACCUGGCCGUGGACGAGGAGGGCCUGUGGGUCAUCUACGCCACCGAGGGCAACGGCGGGCGCCUGGUCGUGAGCCAGCUCAACCCCUACACGCUGCGCUUCGAGGGCACCUGGGACACGGCCUACGACAAGCGGGCCGCCUCCAACGCCUUCAUGGCCUGCGGCGUGCUCUACGUGGUGCGCAGCGUCUACGCCGACGACGACAGCGAGGCCGCCGGCAACCGCGUGGCCUACGCCUUCAACACGCGGGCCAACCGCGAGGAGCCCGCCGGGCUGCCCUUCCCCAACCCCUACCAGUACGUCUCCUCCGUGGCCUACAACCCCCGCGACAACCAGCUCUACGUGUGGAACAACUACUUCGUGGUGCGCUACGGCCUCGAGUUCGGGCCGCCCGACCCCGGCGCCGGCCCGGCGACCACAGCGGCGCCCAGCGCGGCGGCGGCGCGGCCCACGGCGGCGCGGAGCUCGGCGGCGCCCGGGCCCAGCCCCACGGCGCGCCGCGGCCCGCUGACGCCGCCGCCGCCGCCGCCGCCGCCGCCGGCGCAGGGCGCCCCCCCGCGGCUGUGCGAGGCGCGCGAGGUGCGGCGCGUGCAGUGGCCGGCGGCGCAGCAGGGCGUCGUCGUGGAGCGGCCCUGCCCCAAGGGCACCCGCGGCAUCGCCUCCUUCCAGUGCCUGCUGGGCCUGGGCGUGUGGAACCCGCGCGGCCCCGACCUCAGCAACUGCACCAGCCCCUGGGUCAACCAGGUGGCCCAGAAGAUCAAGAGCGGGGAGAACGCGGCGAACAUCGCCAGCGAGCUGGCGCGGCACACGCGGGGGCCCGUCUACGCCGGCGACGUCAGCUCCUCCGUGCGCCUGCUCGAGCAGCUCCUGGACAUCCUGGACGCCCAGCUGCAGGCGCUGCGGCCCGUCGAGCGCGAGUCCGCCGGCAAGAACUACAACAAGAUGCACAAGCGGGAGCGGACGUGUAAGGAUUACAUCAAGGCGGUGGUGGAGGCGGUGGAUAACCUGCUGCGCCCCGAGGCGCUGGAGUCGUGGCGCGACAUGAACGGCUCGGAGCAGGCGCACACGGCCACCAUGCUGCUCGACGUGCUCGAGGAGGGCGCCUUCCUCCUGGCCGACAACGUCAAGGAGCCCGCCCGCUUCCUCGCCGCCCGCCAGAACCUCGUGCUGGAGGUGACGGUGCUCAACACGGAGGGGCAGGUCCAGGAGCUGGUUUUCCCCCAGGAGUUCGGGGGCGAGAGCUUCAUCCAGCUCUCGGCCAACACCCUUAAGCAGAACAGCCGAAACGGGGUGGUCAAGGUGGUCUUCAUCCUGUACAACAACCUGGGGCUGUUCCUGUCGACGGAGAACGCGACGGUGCGGCUGGGGGGGGACGUGGGCGCCCGCAGCCCCUCGCUCGUCGUCAACUCCCAGGUCAUCGCCGCCUCCAUCAACAAGGAGUCCAGCCGGGUCUUCCUCAUGGACCCCGUGGUCUUCACCCUGCCCCACCUCGAGGCCAAGAACCACUUCAACGCCAACUGCUCCUUCUGGAACUACUCGGAGCGCUCCAUGACGGGGCACUGGUCGACGCAGGGCUGCCGCCUGCUCGACACCAACGCCACGCACACGUCCUGCGCCUGCAGCCACCUCACCAACUUCGCCGUCCUCAUGGCCCACCGCGAGAGCUACCAGGGCCGCCUGAACGAGCUGCUGCUGUCGGUGAUCUCGUGGGUGGGCAUCGUGGUGGCCCUGGUGUGCCUGGGCAUCUGCAUCUCGGCCUUCUGCUGCCUGCGCGGGCUGCCCUCCGACCGCACCACCAUCCACAAGAACCUCUGCAUCAGCCUCUUCCUCGCCGAGCUCGUCUUCCUCGUCGGCAUCGACAAGACCCAGUACCAGGUGGCCUGCCCCAUCUUUGCGGGGCUGCUGCACUACUUCUUCCUGGCGUCCUUCUCGUGGCUGUGCCUGGAGGGCGUCCACCUCUACCUGCUGCUGCUGGAGGUCUUCGAGAGCGACCUGUCGCGCCGCAAGUACUACUACGCCGGCGGCUACUGCUUCCCGGCCGUGGUGGUGGGCGUCGCCGCCGCCGUCGACCACCGCAGCUACGGCACCGACCAGGCGUGCUGGCUGCGGGUGGACAACUACUUCAUCUGGAGCUUCAUCGGCCCCGUGGCCUUCGUCAUCCUGGUGAACCUGGUGUUCCUGCUGGUGACGCUGCACAAGAUGAUCCGCAGCUCGGCCGCCCUCAAGCCCGACUCCAGCCGCCUCGACAGCAUCAAGUCGUGGGCGCUGGGUGCCAUCGCGCUGCUGCUGCUGCUGGGGCUGACGUGGGCCUUCGGCCUCCUCUUCGUCACCCGCGAGUCGGUGCUCACGGCCUCGCUCUUCACCGCCUGCAACGCCCUGCAGGGCACCUUCAUCUUCGUCUUCCACUGCGCCCUCCAGAAGAAGGUGCACCGGGAGCUCAGCAAAUGCCUGCGGCACGCGUCCUGCUGCCUGCGCAGCCCCCCCGGCACCACCCUGGGCUCCCUCAAGACCUCCGCCAUCCGCACCAACACCCGCUACUACACCGGCACCCAGAGCCGGAUCCGGAGGAUGUGGAACGACACCGUGCGGAAGCAGACGGAGUCCAGCUUCAUGGCGGGGGACCUGAACAGCACCCCCACCCUCAACCGAGGCACCAUGGGCAACCACCUGCUGACCAACCCGGUGCUGCAGCCCCGGGGGGGCACCAGCCCCUACAACACCCUCAUCGCCGAGUCGGUGGGCUUCAACCCCAGCUCGCCCCCCGCCUUCAACUCCCCAGGGAGCUUCCGCGAGACCAAGCACCCGCUGGGGGGGCCGCGCGACGCCGGCGCCCUGGACACGCUGCCGCUCAACGGCAACUUCAACAACAGCUACUCGCUGCGGGGCGCCGAGGGCGAGGGGGGGCCGGGGGGGCCGCGGGGGCCCGAGGGCCGCCGCCCCCCCCCGGACGCCGCCGCCCUGGAGAAGAUGAUCAUCUCCGAGCUGGUGCACAACAACCUGCGCGCCGCCGCCGCCGCCGCCGCCCACGCCGCCGCGCACGGGGGGGCCCCCGCGCACGGGGGGGCCGCCUUGCACGGGGGGGCCGCCUUGCACGGGGGGGCCGCCUCGCACGGCGGAGCCGCCUCGCACGCAGCCACCAUGUCGCACGGAGCAGCCGCGUCGCACGGAGGAGCCGCCAUCUCGCACGGGGGGCCGCCGCCCCCCCCCCCGCCGCCGCCGCCGCCGCCGCCCCCCCCCGGCGAGCCCCCCCCCGAGCUGGGACUGCUGUACCAGGAGCUGGCGCGGGCCCAAGCGGGGCUGGGCCCGGGGCCCGGGGGGCCGCCGCCCCCCCCUCCUUCGCCCCCCCGGGACUCGCGCUACGCCGCCGCCGCCGCCCCCCCCGCCGCCGCGGCGGUGCCCCCCCCCCGGGACUCGGCCUACCCGGACAGCAGCCCCGAGGGGCCCCCCGAGGCGCCCCCCUACUUCGGCGGCCCCCCGCCGCCCCGCGCCGCCGGCCCCCCCCCGCCGCCGCCCCCGCCGCCCCCCCCCGGCCCGGCCUACUGCCCCGGGCGGCGGCCCAGCCGCGAGGCCUUCGGGGGGGCCGAGGGGCCGGGGGGGCCCGAGCCCGACGGGCAGAUGCAGCUCGUCACCAGCCUCUGAGCGGCCCCCCCCCACCCGCCGCCCCCCCCCCGGCCCGGCCUCGCACGGGGGCUCGGCCUCGCACGGGGAUCCGGCCUUGCACGAGGAUCCGGCCUCACACGAGGAUCCGGCCUCACCUGGCAUCCCGGCCUCGCACGGGGAUCCGGCCUUGCACGAGGAUCCGGUGUCGCACGGGGGUCCGGCCUUGCACGGGGGUCCGGCCUUGCACGAGGAUCCGGCCUCGCCUGGCAUCCCGGCCUCGCACGGGGAUUCGGCCUCGCACGAGGAUCCGGCCUCGCCCAUCGCCUCAGCCUCGCACGGGGGUCUGGCCUCGCACGGCGGCUUGGCCUUGCACAGGGGUCCGGCCUUGCACGAGGAUUUGGCCUCGCCCAUCGCCUCGGCCUCGCACGGGGGUCUGGCCUUGCACGAGGAUCCGGCCUCGCAUGGGGGCCUGGCAUCCCCCUCCCAUCGCCCCGGCCUCGCACGGGGACCCGGCCUCGCACGGGGACCCGACCUCGCACGGGGACCCGACCUCGCACAAGGACCCGGCCUUGCACGAGGACCCGGCCUCACACGUCGACCUGGCCUUGCACGAGGAUCCGACCUCGCACGCCGCCCCGACCUUGCACGUGGACCCGGCCUUGCACGAGGACCCGGCCUCGGCCACCUCCAGCACCGGACGCUGCAGGCCUGCGCCCCCCCCCCGGACAUGGGGGCUUCGCGCCCCCCCCUCGUGUGGACCCAAGGGUGCUUGUGCCCCCCCCGAACCAGAGCCGGGGCUCCUCGUGCCCCCCCCGGACAUGGGGGGGCUCCUCGUGCCCCCCUGCAUGGACACCGGGGUCCUCGUGCCCCCCCCCCGGACAUGGGGGGGUCCUCGUGCCCCCCCGCAUGGACACGGGGGUCCUCGUGCCCCCCCCGGACAUGGGGGGGGCUCCUCGUGCCCCCCUGCAUGGACACAGAGGUCCUCGUGCCCCCCCAGUAUGGACACGGGGGGGUCCUCGUGCUCCCCCCAGACAUGGGACCCCCCCACCUGCCCCCCCCAGGGCUGGAAAUGGGGGCCCCCCCCCCAAACCCCACCAUGGGGGGGCUUUCUGUUCCCAAUGGGGGAGAGGAACAUGGCGGGAAGUGGGGGGGGGGGGCAGCCCCAUUUUGGGGGGGGUCCCGGCCCCCCCCUCGCACGACUACGGACUCACAGGGCUCCCCCUCCCCGUGCGACCCCCCCCACCACGAAAGCCAUUGGCAGCACCGAGCUGGGGGGGGGCCAUGGGGGGGGCUCUGGGCCCCACCACCACCACUGAGGGCCCCCCCCACCCAUUUCGUUGCCAAAAAGCCCCCCCCAACACCCCCCCCCCAAAAAAGACACAUUUUCCUUGUAAUAUAGCUGUAAAUGGACCAGACCCCCCCCACUCCCCCCG